CGGGAUUUGAAUGUUGGAUCCCUGUUAUCCAUCCUGUCCAGCCUUGAAGAUAAAGUUACUUCGUUUAGUAUGUGCUGAGGGUGGAUUGCACCGGGUGAGCCCUGUCAUUUCCCCCGGGUCUGCUCUGGAGGAUACUCGAGCGUGAAUGAGCUGUUAUGUUGGUGCCGUGGAGCCUUCAGAUCAGAAGCUCGAUGGGAUUUGUUGUAGGUUUAAUAUUGAUGCUAUCAAAAAAAUCAACUGCCCUGGUGAAGUUGAUGUGCAAUGAGUUAAGAGCAUAUAUCAUUCAUGAACUAUACAUAUACUCUCUAUCGAGUCCUACAAUGGAACUUCGAUCAUAUCAACACUAUUCAUACUAUAGCGACUACACCCGGGAAAGAAUCAUCACUGAGUGUCCAAAACCAAUUCCUCCCAAUCAACCAGCUGUAAACCCCGAAGACAAGUGCCAUCCGAAUAAUUAUUCUCUGCACGCCUUCCACGAAGGUGGGACACAUUGAUAAAAAACAACAAAGAGAGAAAUAAAAACAAACAACGAACUCGAUGUCUAGCCCCCGGCCACGCCGGCUAAUUGUUAAACCAAUAUGAAUCUCUUCAGUCAUUUACGUUGAAAGAACGGUUUCAGCCCUGCUAUAUGGAUCAUAUGUUGUAUAACGUGCGCAUCUGGAAUUGUGUGUCAUUGCAUAGUAUCUGACUUAGGUAGGGUUGGGCUCUACGGGCAGGGAAUUUCUCAAGCGCACUAUCUACUUGCACGAUUGAGUAUAUUGACCUAAGUGGUUAGUAGCUUUCUGGUCGAGUGUUGGUAUAGGCUUGGGGCUGUCAUUUUGGCUGGAUUGGAUUGUCCUUAUCAUGAGAGAAGUAUGUCUAUCUGGGCUUUGUAUUUGUGUCUAGGGUAAACUUGUGUUGUUGCUAUGUAGAUUGUGUGUAGUAUGCGCUGGUUGUGGUUUAUAUGAUUGUAUCAUGUUGUGCUGUUGUGCAUUCGAAGGUAUGCUUUCUCUGUGAUAUGCCGUGUAUAGCUUGCAGAAGCAGGC